GACAUAUUACACCUUUUAACAUAGACGAAUCGACAUUCUUCCGUGCAUUGUAUCCUUCCCCUCCUUAACGAGUUUUUCCACGCGGACCGUUGGCUUGAUCAUCUUGAAACUCUCCGAAUCUCCCCCAUCAAAUCACUGAAUACUUCUUCCUCUCCCCCGAGCCGGCCUGCCUCUUGGGAUGUCCUUCCUUCAUCAUCGGCGGAUUCGUGCACGACGUCUCUCUUUGUAUCUUGCAUCGAAGUCACGAGUGCCGCGCUCCCUUCAUUCUCUCUCCACCUCUCUACCUCUCUCCUCUCGGAUCGCCAACCUAGUUCGCAUUACCGUCUGCAUUCUGCCUGGUCUGUUAUUUCUCAUGGAUAGUCUAGCGAUUGAGCUGAGCGGGUUGAUUGAGCUUCCUGAGUUGUGUCUUUUGGCGUUAGUUGCUGCAAUGUUUUCGCGGCCACGGUCCGGGGUCGCCUCCACUCAUUUAGGCCCCCAUUGAAAGAGCGGAUGUAUCUGGAUUACUUGGUUGUGUUUUGAAU